AGCAAGAAAAUAAAAAAGAAAACAAGAUUUUCUAAAUAUAUAUGUGUAAAUUGAAUAAAACUUUCCAAGAUUCAAUAACAACAUUGUGUGCCUUGUAUACACCAUUGAUUUCUAUAAAUAUUUAUGAGGAUCACCAAGUGCUAUAUUAGCAAUUAAACAAAGAAGUUGCACACAUUCAAGGACGGCAUAUAUCACGUUCACAUCUUGUAUCUUCUAUAUCUAUAUUGACUACCGAAUGUACCAAAUGUUUCCAUCACAAAUGAUGCAAAUAAUGAAUGGACCCUAUCCAUCACAAACUCACACAUUGCAUAUUAAUAGCAUAAAUGGAUUACAUCAAACUGAUUUUGCAUCGUAUGGAAUUCCAGAUAUUUCUGGAUAUAAUAGACAUCAAGCAAUGCAGACAGGACCCCAUUCAUUAGAUUUAUCAUUACUGGGAGUUGAUGAUGUAUCAUUACGACGUAUAGAACAUAUGCAAUCAAAUAAUAAUUCAUCUUCUGCAAAUUGGGACAGACGAAUGGGUGCAUCUAACAAUACCUCAAUUAUUCCAUCCCCAAAUUAUAACUUCAAGCCUACAAAUACUAAUUCAAUAAAAAAACCAAGUUGGAAUAACAGAAAUGGUAGACGAAAUACGUAUAGAAAUUCUUAUUCCAAGUAUGAGACAUAUAAUAGUGACAGUGGGUUUAGUUCUCGUUCACCAACACCAAACAAGUACCAUAUUGACAAUAGUCUAACAGAGAGUUCAGACGAAAGAGAUUCCACAGGUUCAUUAAGAGGACAGGGGAUAAAGAAACAUCAUAGAAUACAUUCAGAUAGAGCAAUCAAUAAACCAACAUCAAACGGCUUAAUUUCAAAUACAUCUGCACAGUUUUAUCAAAAUCAACGACCUGCCAAUUAUUACAAUACUACUGUUUCCACCCCCAGAUCUCAGGCUCAAAAUUAUCAGAACAGGAGAAAAUAUUUAUCAGGCAGGAGUGAAAGUGCACCUUCUCAAAGGUUUUCGAGAAAUCGUAAAUUUCCGGAAAUUUUAUUGCCGAAUUACAAUAUUUCUAGAUAUAUCGCCCCUGAUAGAUUUCUUGCUAGAUCUCAUUUAAUGGAAGUAACUUCUACGCCAAACAAUAUUUUGACUGGAUCAAAAUGGGAUAAUCUGUCGCAACAAAUCUGGGCAAAAUUUCUAUCAAAUCAACAAACUGAAACUACUUACAGAAAUAAAAUGAUGUUAUGGAAGCAACUUUAUAUUUAUAUUAAGACUCAAUAUCCAAAAUAUGGUUUAUUUUUGGUUGGUUCAACAAUGAAUGGGUUUGGUUCGGAUAAUAGCGAUGUCGACAUGUGCCUUUUAGUGAGACACACAGAAAUGGAUCAAAAAUAUGAAGCUAUAGAACAUUUAGAACAAAUAUUAAAAUAUCUAAAAAAUUAUGAUGUCAUUGAUGAGCUCGAACUUAUACAUGCAAAAGUACCUAUUAUUCAAUUUCAUCAUAGAUCACAAAACUUAAAAGUCGAUCUUAAUUGUAAUAAUGCUGUUGGUAUCAGGAAUACACAAUUGCUAUAUUGUUACUCAAAACUUGAUUGGAGGGUAAGACCACUAGUACUUGUCGUAAAACUUUGGGCUCAAUGUCAAGACAUUAAUAAUGCGAAAAAUAUGACAAUAUCUAGUUACUCUUUAGUUCUCAUGGUCAUACAUUUUUUACAAUGUGGUGUUAACUUUCCAGUUCUGCCAUGCUUACAUUCUAUGUUUGCAGGCAAGUUUAAUCCACAUACAGAUAUUCAUAGUAUCGAUAUUCAUGAAGAUUUAAAUAUUCCAUCCUCUGUUUAUUUACCUGAGAAUCAUCAGUCUCUUGGAGAAUUACUUGUAGAAUUUUUCAGAUACUAUGCUAAAUUUGAUUUCAGCCAGUAUGCAAUAUCUGUACGUUUAGCAAGGAAAAUACCGAUAGAGGAGUGUCGUAUGGUGCAGUCACUUAAAAAUGAUCCUCAUCAAUGGAAAUAUUUAUGUAUUGAAGAACCAUUUGAUCUGACUAACACAGCUAGAUCAGUCUAUGAUCCGGAUGUAUUUGAGAGAAUUAAGCAGACAAUUAAUGUAACACACGAGAGACUGCAAAAAACGCGUGAUCUAAAUUUGAUAUUUAACAAGAUAAGAACAAUAUCAUUGGAUGAUUACAUCAUAUAAUUGUGCUUUCUACAUUAGCACAGAAAUGAAUAAUCAUUAGCUAGGAUAAAUAAUAUUUUAAGUCUUUUGAAUGAGGCUGUUCUGAUUAAAUAAAAGGCAUUUUGUUAAAUGCUGAUAGCUUAAUGAUCUGAUGAUCUAGAACAUUAUGAAAGGAAGAUAGUAGAUACAAAGUAAAAUAAGACUGCCAAGAUCAUCUUGUAUGCUUAGUACCUUGUAAUAUUAAGCCUAAUUUUUGAACAACUUUUAUUGGCAAGGUACACAAAGUAGAAUGCGAUAAUACAUUUUUUGAAUUACUUGUCUACAAAUUCAAUCCUCUGUUGAAUUUUAUAUUUUUUCUUUUGAGAGGAUUUUAAGAUCAUUAAAAUCUUGGAAGGAGACAGUGUGUUACUGUCUGUGUUUAUUAACAUGCAAAAAUAAUAUUUCAUUCUGAUAUAAAAUAUCGCGAAUGCACGGGUAUUGUUCCUAUAUCAGCGCAAAAAUUGCAAUACGUGCAAUAAUAAAGUCUCACACAGACUUGUUUUGAUCUCUCUAAAUCUUUAAUUACGAGAUAAUCGCGAAAUGUCAAUUAUAAGUAUCCAAUAAAAUUUUUUUGAAAAUUGGAUAUUUCUAUAUGUGAUAACAUCAUAGAAUAUUAUUAUAUCAAAAUUAUUCAACAUUGUCUUCCAAUGUAUAUUACUCAUUGCCCUAUGUAUAAGUCUUUCACGUAAUAUCAACAAAUCUACAAUAUAUGUGCCUUGUGGCUAUUUUGAUUAUUGUUAACAUAAUCUUACUGUGUGAUAUAACAAGAAUGUUAGAUAUAAAAGUGGAGAAAUUGAAAAGGGUAAUGAAGAUUUUUCUAUAACAUUGAAAAAUAAUAAUAAUAUCAGAUGGUGCGUAUAAAUAUCGAUUAAAAAAAUAUUUCCAACUGGUUAGAUUGCUAGUCACAAAAAUAGAUGUCUGAUAUCAAAAUAACAUCCUACAAAAAAAAGAGGAAAAAAGCAAUACUUAUUUUUUCGUGUAGUUGCUGUUUCUCACAAAAAAUAUUUCAUGAGUGUAGACUCAAACCUUUAAUAUUAUCUU